ACACCCACUGUGCCAGUAAAACCAUUGAGCAGCUGGAUUGAUGAAAUGGAAGAAGAGCAUGAAGGAUUUUCAUCAAGAAGCAGCAAAGAACCAGUGAUUUUGCCUACUGCUCCAAGAGCUGCACGAGGUCCUCGUGUUGCAGAUGAAGAUAUUCCUACUAAUCCACCUUAUGUAGCAUAUCUUUCUAAUCUUCCUUAUGAAGUGGAUGAAGCAUAUCUGACAGAAUUUUUUGUAGACAUGAAGAUUGCUAAUAUACGUCUACCAAAAGAUUCUAACAAACUUAAGGGAUAUGGAUAUGUUGAGUUUGAAGAUCGUCAAAGUUUAAUUGAUGCCCUUUGUUUAUCUAAUACACCUAUGAAGACAAGAAGAGUACGUAUUGAUGUUUCAAAUAGUGUUAAUGAUGAUCGUCGCGGUGGACGAAUGGGCCGAGAUAAUCGUAGAGAUAAUUAUGAUGAUCCUGAACGUACGUCCGGAGAUUGGAGAAGCGGUCCACGAGAUGAAAAUCCACCAUCAGAAGGAGACUCAUAUCGAAGUCGUUAUGACAACAGAGACAGAAGAGACAAUAGAGAUGAUCGUGAAAGUUCUGAUUAUGAUAACAAGCCUGGUGCAUGGCGUGAAAGCAGUGACAGAGGAAGACCAACAUUUAGAGACAGAGGUGGCUUUAGAGAUGAUGAUAAAGAAAAAGAAUGGACUCGUUUUGAUAGAGGUAGCAGAGAUCGAGAAGGAGGAGAUAAAGGAAGCAGCUUUGGUCCGCGUCGUAAUUAUGGAGAUUUUGAUUGGGAACGUAAACCAGGAAGGCCCACUACUACAGACAGUAAACCGGAACCAAGAACCAGGCCGAAAUUGCAGCUGCAGCCUCGUACAAAACCUAUUGAAGCUGGUGCUGCAAAAGAGGAACAACAACAGCAGCAACAGCAACAACAGCAGCAGCAGCAGCCUGCUGCAGCUCCACCUGCUCCUUCAAACGUUUCUUCGACGAAUAUAUUUGGUGCUUAUGCAGAAUCAAAAUCCAAAGAAGACGGAGAUUCAGAAAAACGUGCUACUAAGGAAGGUACUUGGGGUAGACGUAAUGGAGAGGGUCGCGAAGAAAAAGAGAAGGAACGACAAACUUGGCGAUCGGAUGAGGAUAGAAGUCGACGAACUGAAAGAUCGGCACCACGAAUUCAACCCGCUCAUUCUGAACAAUAUGGAGAGUCUAAAGGACAGCCCUCUUCUCGUGGAGGAUUGGUACCCAUAAGAUGUCCUCCACGAUCAAGUGAUACUCGCGGUGGAGAUAGAGAUCGUAAAGAAAAAGAAAAAGAUGACGUUAGUAGGAUGCCAAAGGCAAAGGAUGAACAAGCUCCAAAUUUCGUAGCUUCCAACAAGUAUUCCAUGCUACCUGAUGAUGUGGACCCCGACAAUAUUGAUGAUUAGUCCUAAC